UUAUCGCACUACAGUGGCAGUGUGCUGCUCUCCAACCUGAGGUGAGUGCACACGAACAGCAGGAAUACAAGCGACACACAAACACCUCGGAGGAUGUCUGGGAUCACUGGGAAUUUGGAUUGCGAGGAUUGUCUAUCCUCGGCACAUGUGGCCAACAGCACGGAGUUACAUCUGCACUCUGUGGACGAGGACGAACUUCUGAGAUACAUCUGGAGAGAGUACUUACACCCUAAGCAGUAUGAAUGGGUCCUAAUUGUGGCUUACAUUAUUGUGUUCUUCGUCUCGCUCAUUGGAAACUCGCUCGUUUGCUUUGCAGUGUUGAAAAACCAUCACAUGCGCACCGUGACCAACUACUUCAUAGUAAAUCUCUCCUUCGCCGAUGUCUUGGUUACCAUCAUCUGCCUGCCUGCGAGUCUCGUGGUAGACAUCACAGAGACAUGGUUCUUUGGAAAGACUCUUUGCAAAAUUGUGCCUUAUUUGCAGACCAUCUCUGUUUCUGUAUCAGUCCUGACACUGAGUUGUAUUGCCCAAGACCGUUGGUAUGCUAUCUGCCACCCACUGAUGUUUAAGAGCACAGCCAAGAGGGCUCGCAAGAGUAUUGUUGUCAUCUGGGUUGUGUCGUGCAUCAUCAUGAUCCCUCAGGCUAUAGUUAUGGAGUGCAGCAGCCUGCUGCCUGAUCUAACCAACAAGACCAGCCUGUUUACAGUGUGUGACGAACAUUGGGGAGCUGAGAUCUACCCAAAGGUGUACCACACCUGUUUCUUCAUUGUCACAUACUUUGCACCCUUAUGUCUCAUGGUCCUGGCGUAUAUCCAGAUAUGUCACAAGCUGUGGUGUCAACAGCUUCCUGGGGACACAUCAGUAUUGCAGAGGAAGUGGAGGUCCAUCCAGUGCUCAGCUCCGACCUCAUGGCUAGGAGAGCCUGUCAGGAUCAGGACCAGUACGGUUUGUGCUGAGAUUAAACAAGUGCGAGCCCGACGCAAGGCGGCUCGCAUGCUAAUGGUGGUGCUCUUUGUUUUCGCCUUGUGCUACUUGCCAAUCAGCGUGCUCAAUGUCAUGAAAAGAGUCUUUGGGACGUUCAAGAAAACAGAUGACAGAGAGACAGUGUAUGCAUGGUUCACUUUCUCACAUUGGCUCAUUUAUGCUAACAGUGCAGCAAAUCCCAUCAUCUACAAUUUUCUCAGCGGGAAGUUCCGUGGGGAGUUCAAAGCAGCUUUUUCUUGCCAAGGUCAGAAUCAAGCCCAGAGAACGAGGCCCAGAGCAAGCACAGACAGCCGGAAGUCCCUGUCAACUCAAGUCAACAACAUGGACAAUGUGUCACGCAUAUCAGAUCAGAACGUGUAGUCUUAUAAUCCAGAUGGGUAGUUCUUCUGGCAUACUCAUCAUUAAGGUAGGCAUGUAAACGUUUAAACCUGGUUAUAAAAACAGAUAUUUGAAUGAGAUAAUGUGUCAAAAUUAUUGUUCCAUGUUUGGUUUCACAAUGACACAAAUCAGAGAACUGACCACUGAUUUCUGAAGACCUUCUCACUUCCUGAACACAGUGGGACAUGACAAUUACUUACUAAUUCACAGAAACUUUCAAAGGAAACUUUUCAAAUGUUUAGUAUUUAAUACCUCAUACCUUAUGCAUUUUCUGUAUAUGGGCUAAGUUUAAUUGAUUUAAUUGCACAUAGAUAUUAUUAUUGUAUUGUGAAUGUAAUAUUUUUACUGUGUAACUUUCAGAAGCCAGAAUUUGUGUUAGUAUUUAUUCAUGUGUACUCAUUGAUUUACUAUUUUUGUAACAACAGAAGAGUAGGUGCUACACAAAAUAAGUCUUGCAAUUUAUUAGAUGUUUGGUCAGUCUCCCUCAUGAGAUGUCCAUCUUCAGUCAGUGAGUCUUCAGUUUACAUGGGCUUGAAUGCAUGAAAUGGGCAGUAUGGAAAUGAUGUCAGGUCAAACGUCAGAAUCUAUCAUUAAUCCAUCAGACUUCUGAAUAUUGAAGGACUUGGAAUGUGUCAAAACAAAAUGGCCCAUUCAAAGGUCCCUUUUGAAAUGCACUGAAAUGCUUCUGUCAGUCACUUCCACUGACAGCUUUGGAGCCCAGGAGACAAUGUUGGAAAAACAGAGGAUGUCACAAAGUAUUUUUAUGCUAACACCAAACUACACUCUAAAAUGUGCAAUCAAGAAACAUCCUGAAAUGUGCUUCAAAAUCAGAAUAGGAUUUAUUGCUAAGUAAGUAUAACUUAUAAGGUAUUUGAAUUGGUGGUCGGUACAUACAU